AUGAAGUUCCAACUCUCCACCGUCUUGGUCCUGGGUGCCAUCCUCUUCGCCUCCGGCGUCGCCGCAGACAACAUCGGCGUUAGCGGCUCCGGUGCCUCUUACACAGCUGGAUGCUCCGCCGCCUACCCUACGGUCACGGUCACCGUUCUUCAAGACGCACUUGGCAAACUGACGACCAUCCUGCCAACGUUGCCCGCCAUCCAGACACCCAGCGUGCCUUCUGUUCCUACGAUCCCAGCUGGCAUCACAAAGGCGCUGAGCCCUGACGCGGCCAAACGCGCAGCAGGUGCCGUGGUCGACAACCUGACCGCCGCAAGCAACCAAGCUUCUACUGUAUCCAAGGCACUCCAAGGCACCCUGACCAGCGGUCUCUCUUCCGGCGCUAAGAAUGUGGCGAGCCAGAUCGAUGCCGCAAGUGCCAAGCUCAAGGAAGGCCAGACCGCUUUGGAGAAGCUGGCAGGAACUGUGGAGGGCCAAGUCAACCGUGACGCCAUCACUGCGGCUUAUCAGAAGUUCGCCGAUCAAACUCAAGCUCAGCUCACCUCCCUUGUUGCGAAGCGCGCGCUGCUUGAUGCCUACGCUGCUCAGAUCCGCGCGGCUUUGCUCAAGUACCAAGCUCAAGCCCAGAGCUACGCCAAGGCCCUCCAAAGCCGCGUGCCCACCGCAAAGAACUUGCCCAAGGCGAGCGCGAACCUCGAUGGUGGCUUCACCUUCACCCUUGGCAAGUUCUGA